CCACCUUCUUUUUAACUUGAACCACUUACUCAACCACUCAAUUCCAUAUCAAACCUUUCCUUCUCUCUGCCUCACCAACGGCGAUGAGGGCGGCGAACUGCCUUUACAAUAGCCGCAGCGUGAUGGCUUCCAUGCUUUCGACCAUGUGAGGAGGUGAAUUGCUUGCUGCACCAUUUCUAGGGGACGCUUUGGUUGGGGGUGGUUUCAAGCGCUUCGUCUUUUCUUGCACUGCCCGCAGACCAGGCCUGUGUCUCUCACUGCCUGCUCAUCCUCGUCCUUUUUCCAGCAAGCGAAUUGUCUUCUCUUCUUUCCGCCUCGGUUCCAGAGCAACUGCGCCCUUUUCUUCUCGUCUCCAAAUUUCAAUCUGGGUUCACCAACUAAAAGUCACCUUCCUUUCAACAUCCACGCAUGACGUUCGACAGUACCGAUCUCGUUGCCUAUUUCACACCAUUCAACCAAUGCUCCGUCGACAGCCAUGGAUCUCUCGAACGAGGAUGAAGAUCCUCGAGGCUGGUCUAUCGAUCAAGUCGUCCAGGAACUAUGUCACAAUCCUACACCGAGUUGGUCGUCAGGCGAUCGCCCACAAUUGAUACCAGACCGUCAUGUCCUCGAAAACACCUUUCGGGAAAACCACCUCGACGGCGACAAUCUUCUGGCACUGGACAUGGCUGCGCUGAAGGACGACCUGGGGCUUUCCUCCUUUGGUCAGCGACGGGCUGUCAUGAGAGCCAUUGAAUACUUUAGGCUUCACUCGCGAAGCUAUCAGCAAAUGGCGUUUCAAGCAGACAGCAUCGCCCGGAUGCAAUCCUAUACGACCCCACAGAUUACGCAGUCUCGAGCAUCGCUCGUGGCGCAGUCUCCAAACGUUGGUCUAGGUAUCCUGCCGACCAUCGAUGCCAGGCAGCAGACCCAUUCGCCUUCUUUCAACUCGGCUGUUGUCCCUGGAAUGACUCAGACAAUCCCACCCCAACACCCAUCGCCGAUACGCUCCGUUCGGCCCGCUCCUCAUCCCACCGUUGCUGUCACGGCUCCCUCUGAUAGGGCAAUGAUGCUGCAAGAUGGUGUCAACAGUGUCAAUGGUGUACAUACUUUGGGUGAACCAUCUUCUGGCAAACCGCAACAAACAGGCCACGCAAAUGCCGUUGUCAAACCAAAAAAGAAGAUCGCACCAACACUAGUCUCGCAAUUACAGGACACUGCGCCAGCUGAAUCAAUUGACGGCUCCUAUCUCUCGCAGUCAGCCGUGCCUGUUCAAGAAGUUUUCUAUUUUCGACUCACCACAGACUUCGAUGACGUGAUUUAUCGACCUCCAAUCGAUGAAUCGAGCAACUUUGUGUCUGGAGGUUUGUUUCCCAGUGGUCAGCGGCGCAACGUCGGACGCCUGAUGAAGAAAUUCCUCAUUCAGGGCACCUAUACGUUGCAUCAAAGCGGCCUAAAGGUCACAGUUCCCUACGACGACCGGGUUGCGAAGAAGCCAUACUCCGAGCGAUAUUUCACUCUGUUUCCACGUGAUGGGGCUCGCGCGAGAGUAUUCCGGACAGAGGACUAUCCCGAGACCAGAGGGGUUCAGAGCAAAAGCUUCAAUCUUUCGACUCCCUACAAAACAAAGCGUACACGAACCUCAGUUCCCGUUAAGGAGUCAAUGCAAGCAGGCCAGAACUCUGGUACGAUGGAAUUGGACUAUUUACUGGACAGAUAUCCAGUCGAGGAGUCUGACGACGGGCUUCCCAUCUAUGGCGACUCUGGGGAUGAAGGGGAUUACGAUGAAGACACUUGGCGAGAAAUUGAGGAAGAAGAAGCCGAGAGGAACCAGACCUUGAAGCAUAUGUCUCCUGCCGAGAUUGACUCUACAAUCAUCAACACUAUUCAGGAAAUGAGACAAGAAUGGCGUGAGACGAGACUUGCGAAAGUGCAGCUGAAAGCUUAUCGUAUGUGGAUGAGAGCCGCUCUAAAGAAGGACCGACAGCAAGUUCUGAAGCACAUCGAAUUCGAAAAAGCUCGGUAUCAGAAGAUGAUUGAGAAGAUCAAGCGUGCUGUGGCUGAUGACAUCUGGCACAAUGAGACCGAGCUGAGGAAGCAAUGUCAGAGUAUCGAAACGGCAGUCUUUUCACAUGAAGAGUUCACUUACUACCAAGAAGUCAUGCUCCAAGACACACCUCCAGAGCGCCCUACCCAAAGAGCAUUGAAGGCUAGUCGUCCACAUGGCCAGCAGGUACUCGAGGAAGGUGAGGAAUUAAUCGAGUCAGACUCGGAACCGAUGAGCGACGAAGAGGAGGAAAACAAUUUUGUGGUGGACGACUCUUCCGACGUAGGCUCAAUCCACUACGAGCCUGACUUGGAUGAGUGGAAUCCUGUACUCGCCGUUGUCACGAAGGCGGUCGAUACACAACUGAGUACCACGCAUGCUUCGCCAACCCCAGUGCCAACUCCUCCAUCGGAAGUGGUGGAAACACCACUCGACACAUACGCGGACGAUGCUGAUGCCGAAAGUAGCGAGCAUGAGAUUAUCACACCUGCCCGAAGGAAGAGAGUCUCUCCAAGACCUAGCAGUAGACCUGUCAAGUCCGCAACACCCGCUAAGCCCAAAACUCCCGCGAAGACUCCUGCUCUCAAGCAGGAGCUUAUUACACCUGGACAUACGGCUGCGCCUAAGGCUGACGACUCCUCUGAUAUCUCUGAUUUCGAUCGCUCGCGCCGUCUACCUCAAUCGAAAUACAAAAAGCAGGGGCGCACGAAAGUACAACCCGUGGAUCUAACGGUCUCAAGUCCUGCUCAAAGCUCUAUUGAGGAUAGUACGGAUUUUUCUGUGCAUACGCCGGAGCUCAAUCCAACGGCCCGUAAAGCUCCUCAUCCUGUCCCCAAGAGAAGAAAGCAAAGCACGGCUUCGCAGUCGUCAUCCAUUCAAACCAUUCCACAACUUUCUUCUGAAGACGACUCUGGGUUGCCACAUUUCGAAGACGUCGAAGGCAUGCGACGUAUAGACUGGUCAGUUAUCGAGGAGCUUGCUGAUAGCCCUGUUCCGGAAAAGCGCCGAGCACUUGCCAAAGCUCUCUUUGAGCUCGAUAUCGCCACGGUCAAUGACUUGAGCUUGCUCGUACAGACCCGGCGCACCUCCGACAACCGUAAGGAUCUUUUGCUCAAUGGACUUUCUGCUUUGACGGCAGACGAUUGUUUGAUCGAAAACGUCAAAGCCAAACAACAGUCCAGCGCCCAUCUCUUGGUUCGCCUUUAUGCGGCAUUUGUUUGUGGCCAGAACAUGGUGGAUGAUGCCAAUAUGACAGACAAACACCGCGAUGAAGCCUACGCACAGAUGGGAGAUGCCCUUGAAUUUUUCUUUGAGCUCUUGAUCAACCUUAUAGCGGUGUUGGUCAAACAUGAAAGUCAAGCACCAAACCAAGGCACAAAGAAGCGGAAAAGACAGGAUGUUACGUCUGAUGAGGAGAUAUUUGAUGACACUGAUCUUCCAAUGACCGACGAUACGUCAGCCAGUUUAGUGGAACUUGACGAACCACCCUCUGCUCAUAAGAAACGCAAACGAAAAGUUGAGGAGAGUCAGCAAGCUCGUUCGUUACAGAUCAGUGACCAACUGCGCAUGCAACUGCAAGAGGACCGUCGAAAAGCAAUGGCUCAGAAAUUUGCACACAUGAACGCUGCCUCUGGCGAAACAGUAGUAGAGCCCAUCAACACCAUGGAACCAUAUGUUUACCUCCAUCCGCACAUCGCGCAGCGCGCAAAACCGCACCAAGUGCAUGGCAUCCAAUUCAUGUGGCGAGAGAUUGUGGAGGACCCAAAACAACAAGGGUGCAUAUUGGCGCACACUAUGGGCCUCGGCAAGACCAUGCAGGUCAUCUCUCUUCUUGUCACGAUAUCGCUUUGCAGCCAGAGCCAGGAUGUCGACAAACGAAAACACGUCCCAAGCCGUCUUAGGAAGACCAAAACACUCAUCCUUUGCCCUGCUUCCUUAGUUGAAAAUUGGUUCGACGAAUUAUUGAUGUGGACUCCUAAACCGGACAUCUUGGGGCCAAUCCGUAGACUCGAAAAGUCAAAGGAACUGCUUGACGAACUUCAAGAAUGGAAACGAGAAGGUGGCGUAUUACUCGUCAGCUACGACAAAUUCAGGACCUGGAUCAAAGCCAGUGCUGACGGAAAGCUAUCGGCUCAAAUCGAGGAAAUCCUCCUGGAAGAGCCAAAUCUCGUGGUUGCAGACGAAGCUCAUAAACUCAAGAAUGCUCACUCAAAGAUCAAUGCAGUUGCGAAGAGGUUCAAGACUACCAGUCGUAUCGCCUUGACGGGAUCGCCACUCAACAAUCAUCUUGAAGAGUACCAUACUAUGGUCGACUGGAUAGCUCCGGGCUAUCUUGGAGAUAUGGUUCAAUUUCGUUCAAAGUACUCGGAGCCUAUCAACGAAGGUCUAUACGCCGAGAGCACUGCAUUGGAGAGGCGGAUAUCUCUUCGAAAACUUCACGUCCUCAAACGCGACCUGGCUCCAAAGAUCGAUCGAGCUGACAUCUCUGCGAUCGCAAAAGACAUGCCUCCUAAAACGGAGUUUAUCAUAACAGUGCCACUCACGGAUCUUCAAAAGCAGGCCUACAACGUCUAUCUUCAACGGGUGCUACAGUCUAUGCAUGGAGUGAAUGUCAGAUCACAGAAUGCCAGAAUUUGGUACCAUCUCAAUAUUUUAUCUUGGCUGUGUCAUCACCCUUCUUGUGUGAUCCUGAAGUUGAAACAACGUGCGAAAGAGGAACGGGAGAAUGCCGAGCAAAAGGGUGCGGAUCAAUCCACGAGUGGGGAUGAAGGCGCUGAUAAAACCAUCGUUCGAAAAUUUGACCAUCACCCAGCCACUCCGGACGAAAUCGCAGAGGACGUUGAGAUUGAGACCACGGGACCAAUGGCCGAGGCUUUGCAGAGAAUUUCGCAAAUCUUCGAGGCAGCGGAUGACGCCAAUCUGAUGGACGACCCAGCCUUGUCGUAUCGGACUCUCGCUGUGCAGCAAAUUGUGAAGCAAGCCAUGGCGGUGGGUGACAAGACACUGAUCUUUACACAAUCCAUCCCGACAUUGGACUACUUAGAGAGAAUGCUGAAGUCACUCAAUUGCCUUUACUGUCGAUUGUCUGGGGAGACGAAGAUGGCGUCACGGCAGGCCGCGACCAAGGCGUUCAAUCAAGAUGGUCAACAACAAGUCUUUCUUAUUUCGACGAGAGCCGGAGGUCUUGGGCUAAAUCUCCAAGGUGCCAACCGUGUAAUCAUCUUUGAUUUCGGCUUCAACCCAUCAUGGGAAGAACAGGCAAUAGGCAGAGCCUAUCGGUUGAAUCAGACAAGACCUGUUUUCGUGUAUCGCUUUCAAUCUGGUGGUACGUUUGAGGACAAGCUUUUUAAUCAAGCUAUUUUCAAAACGCAGUUGUUCGGACGUGUUGUGGAUCAGAAGAAGCCAACGCGACAUGCAUCUAAGCAGAUGAAGGAAUACCUCUUUCUGGCUAAAGAUGUCGCGCCAAAGGACUUCCAGCGCUGCUUGGGCAAGGAUCCUAAGGUGCUUGAUGCCAUUAUCGACAAAAUGGAUUUCGUUCGCAACAUCGAUCUGACGGAAACCUUCCACAAAGAAGAUGACGAGCAGUUGAAUGACGAGGAUCAGAAGGCUGCCGAAGAGGAGUAUCGCGAUCAGUGUCUACUCCGUGACGACCCUGCUGCUUGGAGAGCUAAGCAUGUAGCGGAAGAAGCUGAACAACGCAAGCAGCAACAAGCGAAUUUUCAUGCUGCGUACUCAACGAACUUACCGUCUUCCACGGCACCACUUCCUUCGUUCCGCGGCAAUGGCGCAGCUAGAAGCUCCUAUGCAUAUGCCGGAUUGCCUUUCAGCAGAGAAGAUCUCAAUGCUCCUCCGGAUGCUCUUCGGCCAGCUCAAGUUCCUCCAGCGGCAGCAGGAGUGCGGUCAUCAUACGACACGACAUACCAGGAUUUUGUGCAGCAGCCCCACACCAAGCGUCGAGCACGCAGUAUCGAAGGAGAUGUGAACAUGAAAGAUGCUUGAGGAGAAAGAUCGGAUGUGUAAUGGGCGAGUUAAGUGAUGGCUCAAUGACAGGAGACAGACAUGAGAAUGAAGGAGAGUCAGCCGGUCACAAAUCCAGGGGGAGGAGUUAUUGAUUUCGGUUUUUUUUAUUGCUGUUCCCACUUUUAUGCCAUCAGAGAUACCCAUGCAGCGAUCUGUUUCACGAGGCGAUGAGGCGGAUGAUGUCAACGGAGUGCAGCAUAUGAGCUGAGCAAGGAACAAGAUGAUGUGGAACGAAUGACGAAGGCUCACAGAGAGGUUGAUAAUGUUUGAGUAAGAAUCAAAAGAAGACUGAACAAUCGAUCAAGACCUGGGCAAGACCUCCUCCGUUCUGACCAUGAUCCACAUCCGUAAGUUCCAGGCUUUCAAUCUUCCGUAGGACGACGACGACGCAGAGAAAUGUACCGAGUGGUCAGGACCCCCUUGAAUUCAAUCCUGACCGACUGCUCCG